GUGCUGGGUGCGCGGGGCGGCGAGCAGCCUGCGGCUCCGCGGUCCCGGGAGAGGCCUCCCAGGCGACGGGGCUGCCUGCUUAGCUUUCCCCAUCAAGUCUUUGCCGUGAACGCGUUCGGUCCCGGUGACAUCCCGACAGCGCUCCAGGAAGGCCGUUCUGCCCCGCGAGGGAAACACAGCCGUUGACCAUGGUGGCAACUGGCAGCCUGAGCAGUAAGAACCCGGCCAGCAUCUCGGAGUUGCUGGACUGUGGCUACGACCCGGGAAGUCUGCUGAGUGAUUUUGACUACUGGGACUACGUUGUUCCUGAGCCCAACCUCAACGAGGUGAUAUUUGAAGAGACAAUAUGCCAGAAUUUGGUGAAAAUGCUGGAGAACUGUCUGUCCAAGUCAAAGCAAACCAAACUUGGUUGCUCAAAGGUCCUUGUCCCUGAGAAACUGACCCAGAGAAUCGCUCAAGAUGUCCUGCGGCUUUCUUCCACAGAGCCCUGUGGCCUCCGAGGUUGUGUGAUGCAUGUGAACUUGGAAAUUGAAAAUGUAUGUAAAAAGCUGGAUAGGAUUGUGUGUGAUGCUAGUGUGGUGCCCACUUUUGAGCUGACGCUUGUGUUUAAGCAGGAGAACUGCUCAUGGACAAGCCUCAGGGACUUCUUUAACAGAGGGCGCUUCUCAUCAGGCCUUAGGCGAACUCUGAUCCUCAGCUCAGGAUUUCGACUUGUUAAGAAAAAACUUUACUCUCUCAUUGGAACCACAGUCAUUGAAGAGUCCUGAGAAGGAAAAGAAAUCAAGGUUCUUUUACAGUUGGGUAAUAAAAUGUGUGAAGCUACUUCGUUAAUCAUUUGUAGUUGCCUACCCUCAACAAGAACUCAAUAGUUAGGCCAUCUUCUCUGUGUUUCUCAUUCACAGCAACCCAACUGAAGGGCUGAUAUUGUGGAUUUUAAGACAUAACCAAAGAAAGAUAUUGUCUGCAUUUAUAAUAUUUUUAAUGGAAUGGGAUAAGGAAGAAAAAGAAACUAUCCAUUUCGAUAUUAUAGUUAAUUCCACAACUAUGAACAGGUAGUCUUGGUAACAGAACACAGAAACCUGAUGGGCCCAGUUUGCCUUUCACAUUUUUUUUUUCUCUAAAUUCUCAAAUUGAUCUUUUCAAUAAUGGGCUUUUACUAGAUGAUUUCCAACCCUCCAAAGUAUACUGAAGCAUGCAAUACCAGUUUCCUACUCAAAUCUGAAGAGUUCGUAGACAAGAGAGUACAAGGAAAUGAAUGGGCUUAAUUAAAACCUCACCUUCGGUCAAAGUGAAUAAGAAAUGUCACAGUAACAAUAGAAUUGCCUACCUGCUUCUUGCUGCCUGAAUCUGGAUUAUAAACAGACAAAAACAAACAAACAAAAAAAUUGAACUGUAUUUUAGUAAUCCCAGUAUUGCUUCAACUGACUUUAUAAUACAAUAUAAGCUCAAAUUCUCAAGGGUUAAAUGUUGUCUUUUUUAAAAUGCUUAUUAGCUAGAAAAAUGGAAAUGUUAAACUAUUUCUUUCAUAUAGUUGAUUCCAUUGAGCAGAUAUAGUGAAUAUCAACCCAUGAAGACUGUAAAGGGGUUCUUGGGUAUAGUCUCACUUAGAUUUAUUUGGUAACAUACCUUCUUUUCACUGUUACAGACACUUCCUCAAAAAUGAACCAUCUCACCACAUCUGUGUUAGCCUCACCCCUGGCCCUUCUUGUGAAUUCUCUUUCUAUGAAUUCAGUCUCUUUCAGUUAUCAGGAUGUGUAUAUUUAAAGAGUCUACUUUGGCCUGGAAGCUUGGUGAACACUAUAUAUAAACUACAGAUGAAUAUCUUGUUCCAAACAACCAGUACAAACACCCAGUUUCUUCCCACCGUCCCUUGGGGAAGAGUAAAGGCCUUGUUUGUUUGUUUGUCUUAUUCUAGGUAAAUAGAUGGUGUCUGUUUAUUUUUCAUGGCAGGGAGAUCAUUUAACUUCCACAUGGCAGGGAUCUAUUCAUCUGGGUCUUCCUGUCCUUGCGGUGAGUCAUGGAGCAGAGCUCAUUCGGGUCUCUGAGCUAGUUCACAUACAGGUGUCCUCAUGCGGUGUUACCAAGCAAACCUGAUUCUGGAGGUGACCUAAACAUCGCUGUUCAAACAAGCAAGUGUUCUAGCAAAUUGAGCUCUUCAAUUGCUUGGAAACAUGCCAUACAGCCAGUCUUUAUAGGACUAGACCAGUAGACAGUGCUAUUUCACACAUCUGUUAUUGCUUAGGGCUCUGAGGGGCACUGUUUCUCUGGAUGUUUGGAGUCAUCCCCGGGGGACAAUGGUGAGGCUUCUAUGGCGUGAAUUGAACCAUUAUCCUUUGUCAACUAACAUUUUCAUUUGCUCUCUUGCAUAUUUCACUGACAAAUUUUGAUGGCGAUGACAAAAUGGUUUGUGGAGGUUUCCUGUUAAAGGAAAGUGAAGUUUGUCUAUUUUUGACAAUAAAGCAUUAUAUAUUUUUAA